AGCGGAGACGGGAGCAAGAUGGCGAUUCCGGGCAGGCAGUAUGGGCUUAUUUUGCCAAAGAAAACACAGCAGUUGCACCCUGUUUUGCAAAAACCAUCAGUGUUUGGGGAUGAUUCUGAUGAUGAGGAGGAGACCUCUGUGAGUGAAAGCCUUCAGAGGGAAGCUGCUAAGAAGCAAGCGAUGAAACAGACUAAACUGGAAAUCCAAAAAGCCCUUGCAGAAGAUGCUACCGUGUAUGAAUAUGACAGUAUUUAUGAUGAAAUGCAGAAAAAAAAGGAAGAAAGUAAUCCCAAAUUGCUUUUGGGAAAAGAUCGAAAGCCAAAGUAUAUUCAUAGCUUACUAAAAGCAGUUGAGAUCAGGAAAAAGGAGCAAGAAAAAAGAAUGGAAAAGAAAAUUCAAAGAGAACGAGAAAUGGAAAAGGGAGAAUUUGAUGAUAAAGAAGCAUUUGUGACAUCUGCUUAUAAGAAAAAACUACAAGAGAGAGCUGAAGAAGAAGAAAGAGAAAAGAGGGCUGCUGCACUCGAAGCAAGUUUGGAUGUAACCAAGCAGAAAGAUCUUAGUGGAUUUUAUAGGCACCUAUUAAAUCAAACAGUUGGUGAAGAAGAAGUACCUAACUGCAGCUUUCGUGAUGCCAGGUCUGGGAUAAAGGAAGAGAGAUCAAGAGGUUACUCUGAUGAAGUAAAUUCAUCGAACAGAAUACCACAUGAGAAAUGCAUUCUCCAGAUUGGUAUAAAGGCAGAGGAAAACCCAGAUGCAGAUAGUGACUUCAGUGCUAAGAGCAGUGAGGAUGAUGAAAUUGAAGAACAUAAUAAAGUGAACCACAGAAAAGAAAAAGGCACAGAGUCCUCUGAGAAUGACCUCAGGUGUCACAGGAGGCAUACCAGCUCACGGUCAUCUAGUGAAGAAAGGGGACACAGUGCCAAACACCACACAAAAAGUUUCAAGGCAAGAGGACAUGAAAAGGGGGAAGAUCAGCAUCAAGAAAGACAAUCCAGGGACCAGGGGGACUAUUACACCGAUCAUGAUUAUCGAAAAGAAAAAAAGGAUUCCCAUAGACAAAGAGAGGCCAGUCAUAGAGAUUCCCACUGGAAGAGACAUGAGCAAGAAGAUAAACUAAGGGGAAGAGACCAUAGAGAAAGAGCAAGAAAUGGCAGAGAAUGGAAAAGGGGGACAGAUAAGGAGAAACAUAUCUCAAGAGAACAAGAAAGAAAUAGACAACCAAAUGAUCAUGACCAACAUGGUGAGAAAGGACGAGAAAAAGAGGACAAAAGCAAAGCAAAGGAAGAACAUAUGAAAGGAAGGAAGGAAAGAUAUGAGAACAGUGAUAAAUACAGAGCUAGGGAAAAACAAGUAAGUGUUCAGUCUUCAGAAAGAAAUCAAGAAAGAAAAGAAAGUAGCCCAAGUUUUAGAGCAAAGCUGGACCAGGAAAAAUCCAACAAAAUGAAAAAUAUGGAAAAGGACAAAGAAAGGAUCCAAGAGAAACCCUCUAGUAGUUCUGAAACAUUGGGAGCAAAACACAGAAUCACAGAGGAAAGGCAAGAGAUGGGCAAAGAACAAGAGAGACCACCUGAGGCUGUGAGCAAGUUUGCAAAGCGGAGCAAUGAAGAAACUGUAAUGUCAGCUAGGGACAGGUAUUUGGCCAGGCAAAUGGCACGGGUUAAUGCAAAGACCUAUAUUGAGAAGGAAGAUGAUUGAUAGCUGCUCUGAUAGAUCUGUGAAAACACAGAAAAUCAGUGCUUGUGGAACUUGCUGUGUGAA